UGUGAGAGCUGUGAUUGGUCACAGCUUGUCACAUGGUACAAGGCUGUUGUGAAUAGCCUUGUACCAUAUUUCACACGUAGUAAGCAAUGAUGUCAGAAGUGACAUCUUGCUUACUACUAUUCAUGUGAUCACUGAUUGGCCAAUCAUUGAUCACAUGAUCAGGACCUCACAUAGAGGUCCCAUACAGCGAUCGGUGUUCUGCUGUGUCCGAGGGAGCGCACACAGGCUGACAAUGCGGGCGCCGUUUAUGAACGGCAACCUGCUCCUGCACUGCUCCCGUCCGGUCGUUUAUAUACAUGGGCCGGACAGGAAGUGGUUA